AUGCCUUGUCGUCACCAGACAAGAGCCCCUGGUGCGCAAGCCAAGGUUUGGCAGGAUAUCUUUAACCAGUCAACCGCGGCUGCCCCCAACAGCAGCAUAACACAGCCAAGUACAAAUCACUCGGAAAAUAGUGCCCACUCGCCUGGAACCUCACUAGUCGCAUCGCCAGCCUCAGAUGCUGGUACCUUGGCUUCAUCCUGCACAAUCACUGCCUGCGAUAAACGUCAAAUUUCGGUUCCCGUCCGUGCCCCUCAAAAGAACAGGCGAUUUGCCAGAACCAAAAAGUCAAAGGCCCGCAUAUACCUGCCGCCGUCUUCGAAAAGGCCGUCGCCCAAGAGGUCGAUCCUGAAAAACAAGAGCGACCCUUCGCCACCGCCUCUAGACCCUCGAGACUUCCCCAGGCUAUCACUCAGUCAGCUUCCCAAGAACGCGAUCGAUGAUGACGAUGCAAAUGAAACAUACCCUCCCGCAUCUCGAAUCCUUCCAGUAAGGUCGAGGCCAGGAUCCAGUGGUCCCAAUUCUCGACAGACGUCGAAGUCGCAGUCUGUGGAAUACCAUGUGGGUAAAACGCUGCUAAGGGUUGUUGGUUUUGAAUAUUCGCCGAAGCGAUCCUUGUCGGACCGAGAGCUCCGCUCCUCUCUGCGUUUUGAGGCUAUGACACGAUCCCCCACCAUAGUUACGGAUGAAAUGCCCAAGCCGCUUUUUGAGCUGGGCCCAGAAUGGGGUGAGCAGCCUCGCAAGGCACCUCCAUCACCCGCAAAGUCCGACAUGCGAAGGGUUAAAGAAGGUUUUCGGCUGAAAGAGAUGGGGCCUCUCCCUGCAGAUCUAUACCGUCGUCCUCUUCGCGAAGGUUGGGCUUGGCCACAGGCACCAACCCUUUCGAGAGGCUUCGCGAGUCGCUGCCCAGACCCAAGACCGCGACGGGGUCCCGGGGCUGCAUCGACGAGCAGAGGCCAAAGAGAGCAGCAACUCCAACCGACUGGAGACCUUCCACCGCUGCAAACAGCCCCCACUCAUCCAAAUUCAAAGAAGGCGGCUUCCACGGCCGACUUGCCCAUGGAGCCAUCAAGAUCGGGUCGUUCUACCGUCGGUUACUUCCCAGCCGACGCCAGGAGCAGCACUAGUCACAGCAGUGGCCCCUUAAUCCGUUCUGCUGAGCGGAGUCCCAUCAGCCCACUGGAGCCCAUACCCGAGGUUCAAUCGGUUAUGCGCUCGCAGUUCAAAGAGCUCAAGUGGGCAGAUGAGCAGAAGAAGUCAGACCAGGAUCAGAUAACGGACAAGCAGGCCCAGAAGGAGCCAAGCGAACAAGCAUCUAAGAAGGAUCGAAAGUCGUCAAGGUCUAGGUCUGAUCCCAGAACUGCUGCGGCAGGCAGACGACCCUUAAGACCAUUCACGAUUGACAGAAGCGGAAGGCGACCAUCCGGAGGUCUCGUUGGGCGAUCCACUGCCCAGGUUCAUGCUGCCCAAACCAUAGGGGCUAUUUUUGCACCCUUGCCAUCCGUUAACACGAUCCUUAGGCCCGUCUCGUCGGCCACGACAGCCAAAUCGCCCCUGUCUGCAUCACCCGAAGCGCCUCCAACGGCGACAAGCAUUGCUUCGCCCAUUUUUGAAAACAUGAACCCGCUCCCGGCGUUCAGGCGGGCCAUAUCGGACCUGAUUCCGGAAAGGCCGGCAUACCCUUACGAUCCACUACUCGACAACUACGCCCCUAAGCAGCCCUUCCACAUCCAAUGGCGCCGCGGCAGCGUCGAUGGCCAACAAUCGCCUGUAACAACCCACAUGGCCUCGCCACCCAUAAGGUCUUAA